AUGGAAAUUAAAGGCCUUCUUCACCUGUUUCUCAUUUUAUUGGCUUUGUCAGUGGUUCACAGUAGUGAAGAUGCCUUGAAGGAUUCCAACCUGGUUGCUCUUAAUCGUAGCAACUUCCCAGCUGGUUUUAUAUUCGGGACUGCAUCUUCUGCUUAUCAGUAUGAAGGUGCAGCAAAUGAAGACGAUAGGAUUAAGGACCAUAAUAAUGGAGCCAAUGCAGUUGACUCAGAUCAUCGCUACAAGGAAGAUGUGGCUAUAAUGAAGGACUUAGGUUUUGACGCUUACAGAUUCUCCAUCUCAUGGUCUAGGUUGGUACCUAAGGCAUAUGCAUCAUCUGUUAAGGUUGCUCAAAAGGGUCAAAUUGGGCUCACAUUAAAUUCAAAUUGGAUGUUGCCAUCGACUGAGUCCGCUACAGACCGCAUUGCAGCAUCUCGUGCCCUCGUUUUCCAAAAUGACUGGUUCAUGGAACCCCUAAAAUCUGGCAUGUAUCCAGUUGAAAUGGUCACCUAUGUUCACGAACGACUGCCUCAAUUUUCUGAAGAACAAGCCUUGAUGCUUAAAGAAUCUUUAGAUUUUAUUGGAAUAAAUUACUAUACUUCAAAUUAUGCAAGUGAUAUUCCUUGCAAAACUGAAAACUUAAGUUAUUCGACAGAUUAUUGUGUUAGCCUUACAAGUGAACGAAAUGGAAUUCCAAUUGGUCUAAAGGUUGGGUCAGAAGGACUUUAUGCAUAUCCAAAAGGAAUUGAAGACCUACUGCUCUACACCAAAUACAAGUUUAACAAUCCUGUGAUCUACAUCACUGAGAAUGGAGUCAGUGAGCUUGAUCAAGCAUCUUUAUCACUCGAGGAUAACAUGAGAGUAGAUUACUACAGUAGCCACCUUUCAUACAUUCAAAGGGCUAUUACGUGA